UAGCCAGUCAGUAGUUUCAUGCUGUGUGUCGAGUGUGUUGCACGCAUACGCGCGUUCGUGGCGAAAGCAAAUGCAAGCGAAAUUAAUUCUGUUUCAAAAUGCAAAAAAUGAAAUUAAGUAACAGCAGUAAACGCUGGUAUAAUUGUUGCAAGUGAAGUUGUGAUUUUCUAAAAAAAAGUAUGUUCGGCAUUAACGUUGAGUUUGUGUGGUGACAGCCUAAAAGCAUGCAGCAAGCUUGCAACGUACUUGUGGCCCAAGCAUUACUCAAAAUCUGGAGCUUGCUUAACGGCUGGGAUUGUGUGUUAGUGGGACUUAAAAAAGUUGCUUACACCAGCGUUGGUGCUGCUGCAGGUUUGGGGCGUUAAAUGCUGUUGCCUACAAGUAGGCGCAAUAAGAUAAAUGACAUCUAGGCAUGAUUUCGCCAAGCCAGUGUUGCCUCAGCAUGGCUGCACAGCUGAAGUAAAUAAAUGAGAUUACAGUCAUCACCAGUGUUGGCAGGUGAAAUAGCGAGGGAAACACAGAGAAAAAAAAAAAAACAAAAAAGUAAGGAACAGUGAAAGCCAAAAUUUUAUGCGAGCAAAGUAAAAAGUAGAGCAGGUUGCUCGCGACAUUGAUAUAAAUUGAGUGCCAUUUAUGCUUGAAAUGAAAUAUUAUCUGAAAUAAGUAAGUGUUAUAAAUGGUGUGGCAUAUUUUUAGACGCCCAACAGCAUAACUGACAGCCAAAGUCGUGAGCAGCGCAAAGGAGGAUAAUACAAAUUUGAAGUUGAGCAGUUUUACCAAACUAAUGGUGAAUAUUAUUUGCUAAUUGAAUGAAUUAGCAGUGCAUGGGUAGUGGUUUUAAUUGAUAUUGACGACAGUAGUGCCUGCACUACAUUAAGUGUUCGCGCUGAAAAGUAUGCAACAAGAAAUGUAAGUAUUAAAGCGAGUUGUGAAAAGUGUGCCAAAUACUGAGAGUGCGGAAAUAUUAAAGGAAAUAAAUUGUAUAAUUUGCAUUUUAAGGCGGCGAUGCGUUAAGGAGCGCAAACACGAAGCAAGUGGAAAAACAGAAAGUGAAAUUAAUUGUUCUAAUAAGUGUUCAUGAAGAAAAUUUAUGCUGCGUCAUGUUGAUGGAUGAGCAUGCAGAACGUGAAGGUGUUGUUGCAUGUGCUAUUGGACCAAACACUGUACAAUAAAGAUUAGCAUAUAAUGCGCUGCAACAACAAGUGUUGUUUUGAAAGUGCCCGAGGGGUCUUAAGAAAAGCCAACGAAGCAACUGAGUGAACGUAAAGAGUUUGUUUUAUAAAAAAAAUAGCUGUUAAAGUUACUGUUCUAACAGAGUUAUAAAUGUAAGCUAAGAAAGCGUAGAAAAAUCCGCGAAUACCAAAAGAAAUUCAAUUUGACCCAUUUACAGAUUGUCGCGUAAACACUGUAACGCGGUUAAACCGCCAUUAAAAGAACAAUUCCCUGUUUGUGAGCAAGAAGUGCAAAAAAUACACAGAAAAGAAGCAGCAGCCACGGGGAAAAGCUGCAAAAAGUUGUGAAAGAGCGAAAUCUCGUCAACAGUAGCGAAAGCAAAAAUUACACCUACACCAGGCACUCAAUGGCAGCAGCGCAAGCGGCGAGCGCUUGAAGUCGAGUUAAGUGUUUACUGCGCGCCCGGAGGCAGGCAACGAACCGCGUGGCGAGGCAUCGGAGAAACGGCGAGUGAGUGGUUGGGGGAGCGCUAGCAACCAGCCAAGCAGUCUACAAUUCAAGCUUACGUCUGCCCGCCUGGCUGUCUGCUUGACUGCCUACCGCGUCUCCACUUGGUCGCUAGCCAGCUAGCAAUUCGCCCGACCCAACAAAGCGCACAAAGCGAACAAAACGAAUGAAGUGAGCAGAGAAAACAUUUAGGAAAAGCGAGAAAGUGAGAAAAAGGAAAAGCAUUUUGGGUUAUUAGUCCCGUGAGUGUUUUUAAAAAGACCAUUUUUCUGGUAUUUCACUGGCACUAAUUUGAUGAAAUCUUUAGUUGGCAUUUUUGGAGCAACCCCUCCGCACCCUGUGUAAGCCACUGUGACUGCUACGGCUGUCAGUUUUGAUUUUGGUAUUUUUUUGUUGUUUUUAUACAAUCGGAAAUUGUGGCCAUCGCGCCGAGUCAUCAUAUUAGCGGUGGCACGGUUGUUGGGGGAAAACGAAAAUAUUGUUGUGAUUGUCGGAAAUGUGCACAAAUAUUAGAGCGAAAUUGAAAAAUCAGCACACUGAAGGUGGGGUGGUGGCUAGCCCUAGGGGAUACGCGUAAGCGAAGCGCUGAUAAACGCUUGAAAUACUUGCUCGCGGCGCUAAAGACUAUUUGGGGACGUGUAACAAGGCUGGCAUAAGCGGCGCGUGCUUGUUGUUGUGCGCGCGCGUGUUUUUCAAUUUACUCAAAAACUCCCCAGCCAACCGUCUAACGGCAACGAAUAAUCAACGGAAACAACGCGGCAACGCUUGGACGCCUGCUCGUGCGGCGCCUAUUAAUUCAUUGCAAUUAAGCAGGAACCUUGAUAGUGGCAGUGUUUCAGCGGCAGCGGCCACGGGUGACAAGGUGGAACUGCAAUUAGCAUCAAAUCAAACCUUUCACACACACACAUACACACGCGUUCAGCAAAGUGCGCCGCGCGCCACAAUGAGUUCUUCGAGUGCGCUGCGCGUGGGUGGCGCGUUCAGCUCCGGUAUGCAGUUACUGCUCCUCUUGGCAGCUAUACAAGAGUCGUUGAGCUCCUACUCGACCACAACUUCAACGACGACGGUGUCGCCAGCGAACCUGCUGCCCUACUUCGACUUCGAUGUGCCGCGCAACUUGACGGUGACGGUCGGUCAGACGGGUUUCCUGCAUUGUCGCGUUGAGCGUUUAGGCGAUAAGGAUGUCUCCUGGAUAAGAAAACGUGACUUACACAUCUUGACGGCAGGCUCAACGACUUACACGUCGGAUCAGCGAUUUCAGGUGAUACGACCUGAAAAUUCGGGCAACUGGACACUACAAAUAAAAUAUCCGCAGCAGCGCGACUCUGGCAUCUACGAAUGUCAGAUCAACACAGAGCCGAAAAUGUCGCUCUCAUACACGUUCAAUGUGAUCGAGCUCAAAGCCAACAUAAUCGGGCCAACGGAUUUGUAUGUGAAAAGCGGCAGCGAUAUAAAUCUAACGUGCCGCAUCAUGCAGGGGCCGCACGAGUUGGGCAACAUAUUCUGGUACAAAGGCACAGAAAUCAUCGAUAUGUCAGCGAAUCUAAAUGAGAUCGACAGCGCGACGCGGAUUAGUGUCGACAACGAUUGGACAGAUGGAUUGACAUCAAGAUUGAAAAUACGCCGUGCCAUGCCCUCUGACACCGGCAAUUAUACGUGCGUGCCAACGAUAGCGAAGUCAUCCUCGGUGUAUGUGCACGUCAUAAUAGGUGAGCACCCCGCCGCCAUGCAACACAACUCGAGCAGCAUGUACAGCGGCAAUUUCUACUGUAGCAUUUGUUGCAUGCUCUUCACCAUUUUCACUUGCUGUUUGCAACACUUCCUCGCAACAACAACAGCGGCUGCAACACUACUCACGGUGGCAACCAGAGGCGCCAGCAAGUGCAGCAGAAGUAACAACAGCAACAAUAACGACGGCGGCGGCGGCGGAAGUGAGUGUAGAACUUCAACGUCAGCAGCACUGAGCACAGCUCGGACCACCAACGUCGGCAGGUGCGUGAGUAUAGGGAGCUGCCAGAAGCGCCACUACCAAAGACACCGCCGUAGCCGCAGCUGCAGCCGCAGCCCGAGCCGCAUUAGCAUUAGUGGCGCAACCGCAAGAAGUUCGCAUGCAACACGCGCACUCAGCGAAAUUACGAGAUGAAGAUGAAGCUGAGACCGAGCACAAACAAUUAUACUGCUAUUCGCACAUACACACACAAACACACAUAUACAAUGCAUAUACACCAACACAUGUACAGUCAGCGCGCGAAAUGAAGUAGUCGACGCAACAGUUGCGCCACGCUGAAGGGCCGCACAGGCGUUGAGUCGCCACAAAUGGAAUUGGGCGCUGGGCUGGAGCAGCAGCAAGCGCUUUGCGCGGGGCGCAGGAGCAUGCAGAAGGGCGUAAACGCAUUAAAGUUAAAACACUCACGCACUCAAGCGCCGCAACCAGCUCGGUUGAACGUUCUUCGCCGCGCUGUGCCGCAAGAGACCAGGCGCAGCUGGUGAUUAAACGACGAGCGCUGCGUUUGUGUGUAUGUGGGUGUGCGCGCCGCCCACCGCCCGGCAACACAUUAAGCAAACACCAGCAAUUUUAACGAAUAAGCGCAAGUCUCUAGCCGCGCGCUUUGCUGCGACCUGCAUUCGAAUUACUUGUGGCGCCUCCGCCCUCCGGCUUGCGCCCAGCUGGAGCGCUAGGCGCGUUAGUGCCGCGUCAGCGUAUGACCAGUUUACUGCCGACUUGAGCGUGACUUCGCGCCUUGCCAGCCGCGCCACGUCCCCACGUUGCCACAUUUUUCUCAUUGAACGCACACGCUCGCUGUACGACCAUUUGGGUUGGAAAUUUUUACGAAAUUACUUUUACUUUCCUACACGCACACACACACACUCACGCCCACACUAAUGGAAGACGUACUACUGAUAAACUGAUAAGUUAAGCUGUGGAUGAACAUAACACAUACACACACGCACGCAACCUUAGAAAUACAUACAUACAUAUAAUGAGAUAUUUCCAGAAAUUAAAUAACUGUAGUGAAAUUUAAGACAAACACUUGUAGUGAAAAUAAUAGUUAUAGUAAAACAACAAAACAACAAGAGAGGUAAAACAAAAAUCAUAGCGAAUAAGUCAUCAACUGUAACUGAGGAUUCUAUCACACACACACAUACAUAUAUAUAAUAUAUAUAAAUAUAAAUAGUAUAGCUUAAUACCGUAAUUUUAAGUGUGGAGGUGAGUAGUGAGUAGGCGCCAACCUCUUGGAGGUCAGCAAUUGAAUUGCUCUCUUUGAGGCUGGCACAUUAAUGAGGUAACCUUAAAAUGUAAGACUUAUUAGCCCUAGUUGAAAUUGUUACUGUGUGCGUAAGCACUUUUCGUAUGUGUGUGAGACUUGUGUAUGCAUGUAAAUAUUGACACCGCGCAGCAAUACACACUGCUUCAAACAGAGCUUAACUGGAACUAGUUUUUCACUUCAUCAUCAUAUAUUUACAGUUAUAUACAUAAACUACCAUUCACUAUUUAGUUCACCAUUUCACAAAUUCUUCAUACUUUCGCAUGUUGCUGUUAUUUUCUACAAUGAAAGUGAUACAAAUGGAGUUCCUUUUAAUAUUUAUAUUGUCGGCUUGAGGUGCACUAAUUCCAUUACUCACGAAUAUGCUUUCACAGUUUCCUCCCAGCAACAACAAUCAAAGAGAUAAUCUCUCCCUGAAUGUCUUACUUCAACGCCUCAUAAAAAAAAACUUGCCAAGAAUUUCUUCUUUUACUUUUUUCUUUUUUUAUAUAACGAUCAAGGAGAUUACAAAUUAUUUUUAAAUUGGUUGGUGUAUAGAUGAUACAGUUUAUUUUUCAUUUAUAACGGCAAAAUAAUUUGUAUAUUUAAAAUAUUGCAAAAAGUCUCAAUCAAAUCUUGUUUUAGUCUGAUAGACCACUGUAGUGUCUUUCAAGCAGUAGUGGUAGUCAUCAAGGUAGCAGCAGAUGCACUCUUACCAAGCGCGACUUCUUUUUAAGGGGUUAAAUGGGUUUCCUAACAUAAAAAUCAGCAUUUUUUCAAAACAAUUUUUUUCUCAUAAAAAAAAAAUGAAAUAUUUUAUUAGAAUAUUCUUUGUUACAUAAGUACGCUAUUACCAAAAAAAGCGAAAAUUUUUGGAAAAAAAUAUUUUAAACUCUGCCAAAAGAUGCACCCGCAUAGGUAGGUUCCUUACAGAAUCAACAUGCACCUGUUCAUAGUCAAAUAAACUGGCAUAAUCGAGAUUUAUGUAUUAAACUUUAAUUCAUCUAAAUCCUUUGCACUCACUUGUAGGGCUUUUGUCGUGUAAACGGAGUUUAAACUCAACAAGCAGGCGAUUCGAGAUUUCAACUAAAUCUUCUUUUUCUUCUUAUUGGCGUAGUCACCGCUUAUGCUGUUAUAUUCGAGUCUCAACUAAAUAUAGUUCAAACAUCAAAUAAAAUAACUCAGAAACUUUGUGAUAUUUCUUGGCGGUUCUUCAGAUACAAUUAACUUGAGCAGAUGCCGAAUGUCCUUUGCGCUUUCCAGUGUUUAUAUCGUUAACUGCGAGCGGAAAACAUUGAAAAUUAUUUGAAAUCCUCUUUUUUUCGAUUUUGCUGCUGCGGGUAUUUACACACAUUGAAAUGAGUAACUGCCAGAAGGAAAGGGUGCGCUUGUGUUAAUUUAGUGGCGGAGAGGAGAAACUCCGAUACUCGUGUAUGUGUAAUUAUGAUCGCCGCCAGAGCGUUUGAGCCACAAAUAUUCACCAUUGCAGGAUAAUAAAAUUAAUCGCCUAAAAUUUGUAAUAUUGAGUGGCUAAAUUAAAUUGAAUAUUCUGUUUAAAUAUAUAGUAGUCAUUUAUAAUAAUAAGCAUAAUUUUUUAAAGCCCAUUUUUGUAAGGAUGUAUAUAUGUAAAUAUAUGCUUACCGCUAAUUACAUACACACUUAAAUUAAUAGAGUAAAUUAUUUUUAAUUUUAAAUCGGCAAACGAUUUCAGCUCACUGCUGCAACAAUUGCUUGGAGCUUUAUUGGCUUAGUGUUGCUGGAGCACAGCAAAUGCUGAAAUUAUGAAUUUUCAAUGUCACUGAUAGCAAAACGAAGGGUUUAUGGUUAUGUGGAUGCAUACUUUUGUAUUCUGAAACGAAACAUUCUCAAUUAUGCAAUUUUUAAUUAUUUUUGUAGCUUGAAGGGCAAAUUAUAUUUGGUCGUAAGAUUGGUUACUGCAACAAAUACAAAUAAAUAAUAGUAAAAAUUUUUCUAAAAAAUAAUUUUGCAUCAAUUAAUUAUUACUACACCCGUUUGAACUCCGAUGUUCGCUGUGGAUUAGCGCUAAUAUAAAUAUAAAUUUUGAAAGAGCUUGUAAUUACACUGAAUGGCCGGAUACAUUUCUAUAUGAAAUUCCUCAAAACGUCGAUUUGAGCGAAAAAAUAUUUCCAAUCAAUGGUGAAUUUUGCAAAAUUGUGGCAGCAAUUGUUCGUAUGCCAAUAAAUAUGUGUUCGAGCGUAACACACACACAUUUAAGUAUGCAUGUAAAUAAGUAUUGCACAAUUAAACCCAUUUUGGGCUGUAAAUAUUUUAUUAGUUUCGAAUUAGUUGCUGUUUUGUGGGCAGUGUGCAUUCAAAACGUGUAACUAUUUUUGUUCGAAAAAUGCUACUUUAAAAUGAAUUUUUUUUCGCUCUUUAGUAACCGAACAACGUGCCAUUAGACAAGCUGUUGCUGCUUAACAACUGAAAAAUAGUUAUAUAGAGUUGUGUGUAUGUGUGAGUUUGCAUGUUCAUAUCCUCAUAAAAGCAAUGCAUAUGCAGUUUCCGCGCAGUUUUGAAUUUCCAUUUCCACACGCACAUACACACCCACAUACAUACAGCCAGCUGCGGCGCUGCGCUGGCGUUAACUGCCACUGCAACGAGUUCAACGGCGACGGCAAUGGAAUGCUAAACGCGCGUUUAUAUCUGUAAAUAGUAGGCGAUCAGUGCGAGUCAAUAGUUUUAAGCUAAUUUUUAGGUAAAUAAAUUUCAAAAUAAAAGCGAAAACAUUAAACACGAAUUGUAAUACAAUGAACCAACCACUCAACAUACACACACAUAUAAAAAUAUAUUUAUAUAUAGUUGAAGUAUAGUGUAAUUGGAGGAAUGGUGGAAGUUAGAGGCGAAAUGCAGAUUUAAAUUUUAGAUGCUAAAAACAGUUAGAUUUUCACGCGCUGCAACGCAUUAGCAGUUAAGGGAGCAUGGAAACUAAUAGUGCGAAAUAAAGUUGAAGCAAGAAGUUGUUCGCUGUAAAAACAAAAAAAUUAAAUGAAAAUGUACAAUAAACCAAAUAUGUAGCAAGCCACUUUUAUAUUGAAACCGAUUUGUAAUUGUAACAACGAAGUGGACUUGAAAGUGGGUUUUCCACAGAAAUUCUUAAUUUAAAAUUUAUCUAUUUAAAAUUUGUUGAUUUAUAAAUUUUUCUACAAAAAAAACUACGUGUGUCUCUGGAGAUGUGUUUAUUCUCGAAAAUUCGACAUUUCGAAGAGAUUUUUAUAGGAAGCUCUAAAUACAAUAUUGUGUAAAAUAUUUGAAAAUUUUUGAUGGCCAAAUAUUAGCAUUAAUAAAAUCGUCACCUAAAAUGCAAAAUAACGUAACAUCACUUUUCAUAAAUUUGCAAGCGAAGAACAAACGAUAAAAUAGGAACCACUCACAUUACAACAAAAUUUGAGUUUUGGUUAUGAGAUGGUUAUCUGUUGGUUAUAAAAUGGUUAUAGAAAUGGUUAUAAACUGGUUUUAUAUUGGUUAUAAAAUGGUUAUAUAUUGGUUAUAUAAAUAGCUAUAUAUAAUGUUAUAUCUGACAACAGCUUAAGAUUUUAUGCUGUAAACAUAUGAAAUGAUGAAGUGAUGAGGUGAAUCACAAGCCAUAAAAAACUCAAUUUCGUUUUUUUGAUAAUACGUUGUUUUUGAUUUUAGGUGACGAUAUGCUCCAUGAUGGAGCUGCUAACAUUAUAAAUGGAAAGUAACCAUUUGAAAGGAUAUAUCAACUUGUGAAUUUCAAAAAGUCGAUAUUUUUCUAUAUAAAGUAUUAUAUUCGAGCAUAAUGGUCAAUCCACAAAGAACUUUUGCUUCGCUUUGCUUCAGACAUUUAUUAAGACAGAAAAGUUUGUUGUAUGCUUUUGUAUGAGUGCGUUCACAUCAAAGCGAAAAGGCGAAGCAAAAUUUUGGGUAACUCUUACUUUUUACUCCUUUCCUAGCAUCAGUCGCCAUUUUUUAGAGCGCAGCACCAAAGCAAAUCAAUCGUUGUGGCAUAUCUUUUGUUUUCUCCGAUUCUUUAUUUCAGUAUGAAAUUUAGCACCGGUCCUUUUCAAAGCAACAAGCUACUCAUUUGUCAAAACGGCCAAAAUCGUACUACUAUAGCAGGAACAAUCGGAUUCAAGUUCGUGAAUAUAACUCCAUAAAUACCUUGUCCUUCAUUUCCAGAAGUAGGACUGAUAAUGUGGACUUCGUUGCCUACAUUUCGGCGCGGACAAACUCGAAUUUUUUUAAACAGUAUAUAUUUGUUUUUUAUUUGCUUUUUCAAGAAACAGUGUAUUGAUACUCUCUUGCAGACACAUAAGUAUAUAAUAAGAUUCUUCGAAAAAAAUUUAUCAAUAAAAUUUUAUAUAAUAAUAUUACUUAUUGUUUUUGUAUUUAGUAACAUUUGUUUGUGGUGAAAGUGUGAGGAAUGUAAGCAGAGAAAAUAAAUUUUAUAUAAAAAUAAAUAAUAAGCAGAAGCAGUGUCUAAAUAUAAAGAGAAGUAUUAGUGAAGUAAGCAAUUUUCAUUUAAUUUUUAUGGAAAAAUAAAAACAAAACUGUAAAUAAUAACCAAAAAUAGCGAUAAUUCUUUUCAACUAAGCGCAAAAUGUGCUGUAGCAUUUUAAGAUUAAAGUAUUACAAAUCGAAUUCAUAAAAAAGCAAAACAAACGAAACAAAAAUGAACUAAAAAUACAACAAAUUUGUACAUACAUAUAUUAGACUAAAGCAAACAGAGUAAAAUAAAAAUAAAGUAAAGUAAUUUUAUAAUGCAUUUCACAAUUAGUUCAUUUUCAAUGCUCAGAGCUCGAUUAGUGCAUACACACAUACAUAAAAAACAUAUGUGAUGCACACAUACAUGCAGACCCGUGCAUAUGAAUACAUAUAUACAUAGUUUCAUCUAUCCUUGGCAUACAAUAAUGAUAAUGAUAUACUAAUGAUAAUAACAGCGGAUUGAUGGUUUGGUGUAAAACAACAAAAGCAAAAAAAAAACGCAAAAUAAAUAACAUAUGUAGUAUACAUAUACAUAAAUAUAUAUUCUUAGUAAUGCAACAUUAAUAUAUGUAAAUGAAUAAUAAUAAUAGUUUAGCAUUGGAGCAUAAUAAGAAUAAUGAAAUGUAAACAACAAACAACAACAUAGCUGCAUAUAAACGAACACAAACAAACACACAUUUAAUUGUACUGAACACAUGCAGAGAUUAAUAAAAUCAUGAUUUAGAAAAAUUUCAAA